AUUUGGCUCAUGAACAAUACUAGUCUGGUUUUUCAUACUAAUAGAAGUCUGAAGCCCUAAUGUUCUUUCCGCGAUGGACAGCCCGCAGUCGUAGUUUCCGCAUUGAGUGCAGUUGCUGCCAGCGCACCUUCCUUUUUAUACUACCACAGUUGAUACAUCCAACUUCCUCUGGGAAUUCAUCCUUUCGACAACCUGGACUGACCUCUAGUCCAGCGUGACACUUCCCAGGAUUACACCACAUUAUCCUCAUUCGUUCUUUGACUGCCAGUACUCAGCGAGAUGACAGUCAGCUCGGGACCCGACAGGAGCUCCAGAGGUCCGUUGGGAAUCUGGGCGUCUAGCAAGGCCGCAGAGGGCAACGAGCAGCGGUCCGCAGGAGCCUCGACGACUACCAAUGGAUCUGGCUCGGAUGUCGUUGUGAUGCAAGGCCGGAACAGACUCAGUUCUAGGUUUCAGCGGAGCAGUUCGAAGUUGUUGACUCUUCUUCGUCCUCGUCGUGAUUCGUCGAAUGUGGCCAAAGAAUCGAGUCCGAUGUCUAGAACUUUCUCGAAUCUCGAGCAAACUGGCGGCGGUUCCCGAUUUUCGUUACCGGUUGCAGCGAAGGACGCGUUGGUUGGACAGAAUACCGUCUCUCGUCCGCAGAGUGCUCCCGUCAUUUCCCUGCCCCAUAGUCCUACCUCCCCAGAUCCGGAACCACCAUCAGACUCGACGGCUCCACAGAGUGAGAGGCAGAAAGAGGACCGGAAGGAGCUUGAGAGAGCUCUCAUCGAUGAUUCUAGCAAGACGCAGACCCAACAGACUCAGUCGAACUCGAACCUCUCCGCUCUUCUAUCGAGCAGGUUGUCCACGGCUUUUGUCAACUCGACUGUCGUUCAUCGUUCACACCUGCAGACGAGGCCCAGUAUCUGGGCUGUUCAACACCCAGGAGUGAAUGAUCCUCUCAGCAAGCAAGGCGACAACGCUGUUGAUAGUCCCAAUCCGUCGACCAGUCCCAGCAGUGCCGGUUGUUGGUCAUCUAAUCCCUCGCAUCCAGAGUCAACACCACCUACAUCCGACGAAUCUGCUGCUCCAGUUGACAACUCGAAAUCUCUGUUCUGGACAAAGGCAGGCACUGAAGGACUAUAUGAGUGUGGCCGUCCACAAAAGAAUUGCACUUCAGUCCAGGCGUUACCGAACAAAUCCCCGUCUAUUGUCACCGUCGAAGCAGCUGCUAAUGCAAAGGUGUUCUUCGAAACGUAUUUCAAUGCUGUCUUCUCGCACGUCAACUCAAGAUCACAGCGUCGAGUUGAGCUAGAGAAAUACAUCUACUCGUUACGUUUGACACCAGAAGAGCAAGAGACGGCUAGGAAAGCUUGGAUUGGACAAGAAAGGGAAUACCUUCGUCAGUAUCGGGUUCUCAAAACUCGCUGUCACAACGCAUCUCCUGGUAAAGCGGCAUCUGUUGCCAACUAUGAGAUCGUCAAAAUUCUCGGAAAUGGAAGUUUCGGCAUUGUCAGCCUAGUGAGGGAGAAGAAGGACGAAGGCAGCAGGUCUAGCGAAGGGGAUUCUUCGGCCAUCGAAAAUGGUAAGGUAGACGAGGUUAAGACGAGGAACGUUCGUGCACGGAAGGCUGAUGGCAGAAACGCCCAUCGAAAACAAACGACCAGCGUGAAAGGGAUCUACGCUAUGAAGGUUAUUAAGAAAGCCGAGAUGCUCCGCAGCAGCCAGGAGGGCCAUUUACGAGCUGAGAGGGACUUCUUGGUUGCGUCCGCAAAGUCUCGCUGGGUCGUGCCUCUGAUUGCAAGCUUUCAGGACAGUCAGAACCUGUACCUCGUUAUGGAAUACAUGAUUGGCGGCGACUUUCUUGGUCUCUUGAUACGUGAAAACAUCCUGCCGGAGCCCAUAACCAAGUGGUACAUUGCUGAGAUGAUUCUCUGCGUUGAAGAAUCUCACAAGCUCAACUGGAUUCACCGCGAUAUCAAGCCCGACAAUUUCCUUAUCUCCGCUUCUGGUCAUUUGAAAAUCGCGGAUUUUGGACUGGCGUUUGACGGACACUGGGCUCAUGACCAGGGUUACUACAAUAACCACCGAUACUCCCUGAUCAAGAAGCUUGGGAUCCAGAUCGAGGGAGAUGCUACUGACCGGGAAGAUAAAGAGAAAGCCAAACAGGCAUUGGAAACAGUGCUUGAUUCGCGCGAACCUCCGGCAUUUGACCUUCUCGGAUGGAGAGAUAGGCAUCAGAGGCGGCGGCUUGCUAGAAGUGUUGUCGGGACCAGCCAAUACAUGGCACCUGAAGUUGUCAAAGGAAAGCUGUAUGAUGGUCGGUGUGACUGGUGGAGCAUUGGGAUCAUUCUAUACGAGUGUCUUUAUGGGUUCACGCCGUUUGUGUCGGAUGACCGAUUCACGACGAAGCUCAAGAUAGUCAAUCACCACCAAAUCUUGCAUUUUCCGAUGCAGAGACUAUCUGACAAGUUCGUAUCAACUGAUGCCAUUGACCUCAUAAGCCAACUUCUUCAGGAAAAGGAGUAUCGCCUGUCUGCUCGCAAUUACCGACUCAACGAUCUGGCAGAAAGGAGCUUCUUCAAAGGCAUGGACCCGCGGUACCGGAACUAUCGAGGCAUGUAUGUCUGUCCCAACGAUGCGAGCGAUAUCAAGGCGCACCCGUUUUUUCGCGGGAUCAAUUGGGAUGCGCUUCAUCGGUCAACGCCGCCUUUCAUUCCUGUAGUUCGGGACUGGGACGAUACUCAAUACUUCGAGGAUCCAUUCCAAAGCCCUCCUGACGGCAACACUCCCAACGCGCCGGAAACUGCUCUGGAGGCUCCUUCGCAGACCGCCGAGGCAACUCCCGGUGAGAUGGCUCUGGCUGCGGCGCAGGCCAACAAAGUGCCAUGUGGAGCGAAGACACAGAAGAAGAGAGCCAAGGAGGGCAGAGCCCGGGAUAAGAUCUUGCGGGAUGAGGGGGUAGGAAUGACGGUUCUCGAAAUGCGGCAGAAGGAUGCGUUUCUAGGGUAUACCUAUCGUCGACCGAAGCCUGUGGCAUUGGCGCUGAAUGGUGAACGGGGACGACCGCUGGUGUCAAGAGGGCGAUUGUCGGAUUUGUAUGGAUGCUGA